AUGGAUGAAGAAUUCAAUAAGGAAGCACCUGCCUAUACCUUACAAAAUUCCGCCGAAGCAUUGAUUUCUCUUCAGCUAUCAGAUUUUAAAACAAGUUUUCUGGAGGCAGUAGAAGAAUUGCGUAUGAGAAGGGAGACUGAAAGUCAAUAUGAGGAACAAAUUAGCAAAUUUGUUGUUGAAGUACAGGAGCUUGAGUGGCAAAAGAUAGCUCUUCAGGAUCAUAAAGAAGCAUUAAACAAACAGCAUACAGAAGCCAUGGCAGCUUUUAAAAAACAGUUCCAAUUAAGACUAUUUGCUGCAGAAGAAGAAAAGGGAAAAUGUUUACUUGCUAUGAAAUCAAAAGAAAGAGAAAUGGAAGGACUGAAAGAAACAUUAAAAAUGUUACAGAUUUCAAAUUACUCUUUGCAAAAGAAGCUUAACGAAAUGGAACAAAAGUUGCAAUUACACGUAUUAGCAAAGGAGGACCAUCAGAAGAGUCUCAACGAGGUUGAAAAAUGCCAUACAGUUAUCACAUGUCAGCUGAGAAAAAUAAAAGACGUUCACGCGAGAUUAGAGCAGAAUGGUAAAUAAAUAUGUGAUGAACCUAGGAGAUGAUCCAGCCCUUAUGUGUGAAGGCUGAGAAAUACAGCAAAACUCAUGGGAGCAGGGGAGAAUGACAGCUUACCCCUUAUUGGUGGUCUUCCACAGGAAGUGACUAGAUGGACAGAUAUGUAGUGGAAUAACCUGUAACCAGAUAUGUAGUGGCACACCCACAGCCAGCAACUGGACACAAA